AUGCCCCCUAAAGACAGAUCUUACGCACAACGUCAAGCUACUGUAAAACUCAUCGGCAGUCUUCUGAUAGACAAGUAUAAAUACCCAAAAAUAAUAUACACUCCUAAUGACAUAAUUGGAGACAUGAACAAGCAGUAUGGUCUUCAGAUGACAUAUAUGCAAGCAUGGAGAUCGAAAGAAUAUGCAGUUCAAGUACUGAGAGGGAACCCGAGCGAAUCAUAUGAAAAGCUGCUAAGCUACAUUUAUAUGCUGGUUCUUACAAAUCCUAUGUCGGUGGUAAGUUUGAAACAACCAGAGGAAGACUUGUUCAUGUAUGCUUUCGUUGCACUAUAUCCGUCUAUAAAAGGAUGGCAGUAUUGCAAACCGGUUGUUGUUGUAGAUGUAACCUUUCUUAAAUCGGCAUAUAAAGGAACAUUAUUGAUAGCAUCAACACAAGAUCCAGCAGGUAAUAUCCUACCACUCGCAUAUGCCAUAGUAGAUUCAGAGAAUAAUGCUUCCUGGGAGUGGUUUUUUGCGAGAUUCAAGGAUGCAUUUGGGGAAAUGGAGGGAAUGUGCAUAGUCUUGGACAGGCAUGAAGGCAUUGAAAAUGCAGCGGCAACAUUGUAUCCACAGGUACCUCAUUGUGUCUACAUAUGGCAUCUAUGGAAUAAUGUAAAAAAAAAUUACAAAAAAAACCAUUUGCUGCUCAAAGACAUAUUCUUUGCUAUGGCCAAAGCAUACACAGUUGAGAAGUUUGAUUACCACAUGGCAGAGGUAGAGAAAAUUUAUAAGAGGGUCAAAGAUUACUUAAUGAAUGUUGGGUAUGAAAGAUGGUCCAGAGAACAUUCCACUGUCAACAGAACAUUGACGAUGACUUCAAACAUUGCGGAGUCGAUCAGUGCAGCGCUCAAGGCUGCUAUGGAACUCCCGGUACUGCCUUUUCUAGACUACAUAAGGAAAUUGAUCGGACGAUGGAAUGUUACAAACCUAAAGAAUGCAGUAGAGUCAUUCACUAAUCUUGGAAAAAAAUAUGAUACAAUGCUGAUGGACAAUCUUGAAUUGUCACAUCAGAUGAAGGUGACCCCUUCGACGAGUUACUUAUAUUCAGUACUUGACAAGGGUAAGCAGAGAAUAAUGUUCCUAAAAGAUCGAACUUGCAGCUAUAGAAGCUUUUAG